AUGAUUACUCUCACACUUACCCGACGAUCUGUCCAGCACGCGUAUCUGAUAGAUGUACGGGAGCCAGACGAAGUUAUUCAGGGCAACAUCCCCUCUUCCGUCAAUCUGCCGCUGUCUGUACUAUCUGGCUCCUUGCAGCUACCCGCAACACAAUUCCACAAGAAACAUGGGUUUAGCAAGCCGGGAUUAGAUCAAGAAAUUGUGUUCUACUGCCGUAGUGGGAAGCGAAGCGCUACUGCUAGCGAUGUCGCGAAGCGGAACGGAUACACAAAUAUCUUCAACUACAAGGGGUCUUGGCUGGACUGGGUGGAAAGAGAAGGGAAGCCCUCUGCUUGA